GAUCGGAACAGUUGGAAUCGGGCAAGUAAAAUUUUUAGCGACCGAUGAGACGACGACAGCUCGAUUGUAAAAGCUGCGAAUUUUUAUGUGAUUUUAUAAAUUGUGAGGGCUAAGAAAAUAAAGAAAAAGUCGCUAGUGAUUUUAUCAAAUUGUAUACGAGUGUGAAACAAUAAGAAAUAUGCGUAAACGCAAGUUGAAGUGCUAAAAAGACGAAUGCAAAUAUAAUUAAAAUCAGGCGAGCAUUAAUUACGAUUAAAAUAUAUAUAUAAACUGAAUUGAAUCAGAAAGGAAUGGAAAAGUGAAAUAGUGUGGCCAGCGCGAAAAACGUGAAGAUAUAGCAAUUGGAUAUAUAGCAAAGAACAUAAAGACAUCGCGGUGGAGAUCUUUGGGAUUUUGCCGAUUUCAUUUCAUCAUUUGCGGUAGCUGCGAAUUAUUUUCGCAGCGCGAACAUUACUUCCAUAUGUAUAUCCAAACUCCAGAAAAUUGUUGAAAAACAAUGACAUCAAAAAGAUUUGUGAAAUUUGAAUUCUAAAUUCAAAGCCCCAUACAGUAAUCUUCCUUUAUUUCAGCACCAUAAGCUGCAGGAAUAAGCUGUGUAUUAAUUAAUUGUCUAUUGUCUGCAAUACAUACAUACACACGCACACACAACAUCAGGUAGUUGAUUAAGGUGAGAGAGCAACAACUAUCGCCAGCUUUUAAAGUACAGAAAAGUACGAGUUAGCUGCUGAUCGUACUCUGGAACUUGUGGGUAAUAAUAUAUUCAAAAGAAAGCUUAGAGUUAAAAUUAAAAGAUUGAGAGCAUACAAUUUUGAGGAAAAUAUGACCACAGAUACCCGCCGACGUGUUAAAUUGUACGCUUUGAAUGCGGAGCGGCAAUGGGAUGAUCGCGGCACAGGACAUGUAUCUUCGAAUUAUGUCGACAGGCUUAAAGGUAUUUCAUUGCUGGUGCGUGCCGAAUCGGACGGUUCUUUACUUUUGGAAAGUAAAAUUCAACCUGACACAGCCUACCAAAAACAACAGGACACACUGAUCGUUUGGUCAGAAGGCGACAAUUUCGAUUUGGCGUUAAGCUUUCAAGAGAAGGCUGGUUGUGAUGAAAUUUGGGAAAAAAUUUGUCAGGUUCAAGGUAAAGAUCCAUCGGUUGAGAUAACGCAAGACAUCGUUGAGGAAUCCGAAGAUGAACGUUUCGAAGAUAUGUCCGACACGGCACCGCCCAUCGAAUUGCCGCCAUGUGAACUGGCACGUCUGGAGGAGAUCUCCGAAACCAUACAGAAUUGUUUGACCACACCGUUGCGAAAGGAGAAACUUUCCAUGGCUUUGGAAUCUGAAAAUUAUAUCAAAAAAUUACUAAAUCUAUUCCAUGUAUGCGAAGAUCUCGACAAUACCGAAGGUUUACAUCAUCUCUUCGAGAUUUUCAAGAACAUAUUCCUAUUAAACAAGAAUGCAUUGUUCGAGAUUAUGUUCGCUGAAGAUACUAUUUUCGAUGUAGUUGGCUGCCUAGAGUAUGAUCCCAGUUCCACUCAACCAAAGAAGCAUCGUCAGUAUUUAAAACAAUGGGCCAAGUUCCGCGAAGCAGUGCCGAUUAAAAAUCAAGAUCUGCUCGCUAAAAUCCACCAAACGUUCCGUGUACAAUACAUACAAGACAUUAUAUUGCCAACACCAUCGGUAUUUGUCGAAGACAACAUGUUAAACACGCUAUCCAGUUUUAUAUUCUUCAAUAAAGUGGAAAUUGUUACACUUAUACAAGAAGAUGAGCGCUUCCUGGUGGAUAUGUUUACCAUUUUAACAGAUCCAAGUACCAGCGAUGCCAAGCGUCGCGAUAUUGUGCUAUUCUUAAAGGAAUUUUGCAAUUAUGCACAGAACUUGCAACCACAGGGCAAAGACUCUUUCUACAAGACACUCACCUGUUUGGGUAUACUGCAAGCUUUGGAGAUAACACUGGUGAUGAACGAUCAAAAGACAAAGUCGGCUUCAAUCGAUAUACUCACUGCGAUUGUGGAGUUCUCACCGUUGGUGGUGCGCAACUACACACUGCAGCAGCUCAAUCGCACAGAAGGUGAUCGUAUGCUAUUGAAUAUUGCCAUUGAACAAAUGUUGAGCGAUUCCGAGCCCGAACUCGGUGUCGCAGUGCAAUUAAUGGGCAUCAUAAAAAUUUUAUUGGAACCCGAAAGUAUGCUAACGGAGAAGGCAGAUUUCUUGAACUUCUUCUACAAGCACAGCAUACAAACGCUGAUUGCUCCACUUCUUAUUAACACAAUCGGCGAUCGUCCAGAUAGUGAAGACUACCAAACCGCACAAUUGCUUGGCAUUGUUCUGGAUAUAUUGUCAUUUUGUGUGGAACAUCAUACUUAUCAUAUUAAAAACUUUAUCAUACAAAAAGAUCUCCUAAAGAGAAUACUUGUGCUUAUGAAAAGCACACAUACGUUCCUCGUACUUGGCGCACUUAGACUUUUAAGGAAAAUUAUUGCACUUAAAGACGAGUUUUAUAAUAGGCAUAUAGUUAAAGGUAACUUAUUUGCACCAGUUGUUGACGCAUUCAUUAGAAAUAAUGGCAGAUAUAAUUUACUCGAAUCGGCUAUACUGGAAUUGUUUGAGUUUGUAAAACUUGAGGAUAUCAAAACACUUUGCGUCUACUUCGUGGAGAAUUUCAGUAAAAUAUUUGAUGAAAUCGAAUAUGUACAAACAUUUAAAUAUCUCAAAAACCGCUACGAUCAGUAUCAAGACCGAAUAAAGGAUCGCGACAAGAUGUCGCUGGAUACUAGCUUACCGAUUAUACGUAGCCGCUUCCGCCGCGAUCCGCGACAGAUGGACGACGAAGAAGAGAUGUGGUUCAAUGAGGAAGAAGAUUUCGCUGAUGAAUAUGAUACUUACAACAGCGUGAUGAAAUCCGUCACCGAAAAGAAUGGCCCUUCACAAUCUCCGUCACAACAAUCAUCGAUACAACAAAAAUCGCCACCGCAAGGCGCAUUGCUAGGCAGCAGUAGCAGCGUGAAUAGUUUGAGCUCCACAACGACCACGGCAACGACACUAACACCGGCUGUAGGCGUGAGCGGCGUCGGCGGUGUAUCAUCCAUCAGCGGUGUGAGUCUCAGCGAUGUGGUUUCAAACGCGUCCAACAGUAGUAGCCUUGACCAUUCACAGUCUGCCGCUGCUGCCACACAGGCGCAUUUAGGUGCAGCUGCUGUGGCCGCCAACAUUGCGCUCCACCAUCAACAGCAAACGGCAUUGCAUAAUUUCCAACAACAACAGCAGCUAAAUUUAAAUAGCACCCUAGUGGCAGCAGCUGCAGCCGCCGCGGCUGGUGUGGCCAGUACAUCGGCAGCUAGUGCCGCACAUUUAGAGGCGCAAAAUCAGCAUCAACAUCAACAUCCCGAACAUACACACGAGGAUCCCGAUAUUGUUGAAUUGCGUCAGCAUUUGGUUUCCAUUGUACCACAGCAUCAAGAAUUGGCAUUAGCCGCUGCCGCAACGUCAUCGUCAACUGCCGUCACAGGGUCCGCAUCAUCAGCGGUCGCCGCGCUGCAAUCGCAGUCAUUAUCAUCCACAUCGAUAGCGACACCAUCCACUUCGAGCGCGUUGUCCGAGUCGGCGGUCGCCGCCGCAGCAGCAGCCUCACAACUGCUAACAUCAAUUGCAUCGAGCGAUGCCGUCGCAGCGGUGGCAGCGGCUGCAGCCGCAGCUGUCGCAGCCACAGUGACUGGCGUGACGCCUAAUAUGGGUAGCGGCGGUGGCGUAGUGACUGCGGCGAACUUGGCAGCGGCUGCAAAUGCUGCGGACACGCUGGCGCUCAAUAUUGGCAAGCACAACGACAGUGUCGAUAAUAUGGGUAACGGUAAUGGCAAAGAUGGCGCAAUUUCGUCCGUCGUGACUGGGAAGAAGGGCCUCGUCGACUAUGAGAGCGAUUCUGGUGAUGAGGAUGACUACGAGGAGGAGGAAGAGGAGGAGUCGCCGCAUCAGAAGAAGCCACGCAUGGCAUAGCAAAAUUACGCUACAAAUGCAGCGGCUGCAGCGGCGGCGGCAGCAGCAGCAGCGGCAGCGGCAGCUGCAGAAUCAAUUAUUAAAACAUUCGCAACAAUGUCUUCAACACAUUACAACAGCAACUGCAACAAUUUGUAAAGCAAUAGCCAUAUAAAUGCAACGCUUGCAGUAGUAACCAGUGCCGUACGCAAGAGUACAUGCCAAUAGCUGCAACAACAACAACAACAAUUACAACAAUAGGUGUAACAGAAAUACAAUAAACAUAGAGCAAACAAUUAGCGAUAAUAAAACAAAAACAACAACACAACAACCAGUUUUGGCCAAUGUGACAGAACAAGAACAACAACAGCAGCAUAGCCAGCAAACUAAAUAAGAAGAAGAAUGCGAACGCAAGAGACUCUGAAGGUCUUGAUUGUCUUGUUUAUACUGACACUGCAGAUGGAUGGGACGGCAGACAAAAUUAAUAUAAAAUUAAAAAAAUGAAAGAAACGUACAUACAUAAUUAUACAUAGAUACAUAAAUACAUACUACAUACAAGUAUAUAACGCGUAAUCUACUAGAGAAUAAAUAAAAUAAAAUAAAAUGAAAUUAAAUUCGCAAAAUACUAAUUAAAUAAAUUUUGUCGAAGUAUAAAUACAUGCAUACAUAAUAUAAUUAAUAUAUAUAUGAAUGGAAGAGCUGAGUUGAGAGUAUGUUGGAAGUCAAACAAAACGUAAAAGCAAAAAAAAUUAAAUAUUUUGUGAAAAAUAAAAAAAAUACAACAACAAACACAUCAAAAAUUACAAAUUGCUAGCAAGCAAAUGAAGGAUGAUGCCAGCUGAAUACAUACUUCAUACAUUUACUUUACGAAUUAACAAAAUGUAAUAGUUGUCAUCGUCGUUGUUGUCGUCGCAAUGUUAAAUUUAAUUUAAUGGGGACCGCUAAAUUAAUUUAAAGGAUAAUAAUAAAUAUACACAAAAUAAUGGUAAAAAUUUCUACUAUAUUAAAAAAAAAACAACUGCAAUGCGUUAUCAAAAAUGCUGUUGUUAAGCCGCUACUACUGAGGCCAGGUGGUUUUGCUGGCUGUGCAAAACUAUUUUCUUGCAGUUCUCGCCUAACAACAGCCAUUUGUGAUGGCUCAUUGCCUUGCGCGCAGUUGUGUGCAAAAAAAAUGCAAAUAAAAUGUUGAAAUUGAAGGCGAAAAAGGAAAUGAGUUGUAAAUUACAGAGGAAUCUGCUAAAUUAUGCCAGCCAGCGAAGUGUCAAACUAAUUUUACUUUAAAGUAGAAACUUUGCUAGUAGUCCGACUGCGAUUAGAACUUAAAAUUGUUGGUAAUAUAUCUUGUAUUUGUUUUUAUAUAAUUGACCUUCUCUUUUUAUUUUCAAUCUAAAUUAUUUGUUAUUUUUUCAUGCUCAAAGCUUUUACGGAACGAAUAAGUGUUUUUGGGCUAUUUAUAGUUACAGCGCUCGUUCCUUCUAAUUAUAGGAAGUUUACCGGCGUGCAAAGAAGCAGCAAUUUUAUUAAAUUAUUCAUGUCAAGCAAUCGAUAGUAGUUUAACAACACUUUCGUACAACAACAAACCUACCGAACAUUCACACGCAUACCAAUCCACGCAACCAGCUGCACAAGUGUAAUCACAUAUUUACAUUGGACCAAGUUUUAGACAAAUUAUAUAU